AUGAGAGUAAACGCACUGCUGGAUGAUGCCAGUACACGGACCUACAUUAAUGCAGAUGUUGCAGCAGAAUUGGGUUUACAUGGCAAACUACAGAGAAUUACCGUAGGAGUUCUUAAUGACAAAACUGAGUCAUUUGAAACUAUGCUAGUAGAAUUCCAAAUAGAGAGUGUUGAUGGGAGGACAAAGACUAAAGUGGAAGCCCUAACAGCUGACAAGAAUCAGAAAAGUGAUAAUGAAUCGGACAAGAUUUUGUGUAAAUUCUGGGAGAUGGAAAAUUUCAGUGAGCCACAGAAGAAACAGUCAUUUGGUCCAGAGGAGAGAAGUGCGUAUGAAAAAGUGAAAGAUUCAUUGAAGUUUGUUGAUGAUCAUUAUGAAGUAGCUAUUCCUUGGAAGGAAGAAAAGCCUGAUUUACCAUGUAAUUACGACAUGGCACUACAACGUUUAGAGAACACUGAAAAGCAAUUGAUGAAGAACCCGGAAGUGACAGAUUCUUACUCAAAGACUAUUGAACAGUAUCUGGAAAAAGGAUACAUACACAAGAUUAACCAGGAUGAGGAAAAGUCCGGAAAAUGGUUUCUUCCACAAUUUCCUGUCAUCCGGCCAGAUAAGAGCACAACAAAGACACGUAUUGUGUUCGACGCAUCAGCAAAGCAUUGA